AUGGCCUUGCGCAGCAGCACCCCCGCCCCAACGCCGUUCUCCAUCCAAGCCAUCCUCAACAAGAAGGAAGAGCGAGGAGCGAGGAGCUUCUUGCAAGGCCGGCUGCAACCGCUGCUCUCGCCCGCAGGGGGCGCCCUGGCCAGCCCCGACGUGGCGCCCGCCUGCUGCUGGAGACUCUUCGGCGACGAAGCGGCCGCGCUGGCGGCGGCUCUGCAGCACGAGCACCGGCCGUCCCCUUUGGCCCCCGCAGCUUCCAGAGCUCCAGGGCCCGCCAUCUGGGACUCUGACUCUGCCCUGAGUGAGGAGCAAGAGGGCGACAAGGAGGAAGAAGAGGACGAGGACGAGGACGACGAGGAGGAGGAGCAUGGCAAAGCACUCGCCGCUGCCUUAAGGCCACGCGAAAGACCUCCCUACGGCAGUGGGGCCCGAUCCCCGUCGGGGGGCUCCGGCAAGGAGCGGCCGACGCAGGAGCUCCAGGACCAACCCCCGGCGGCUCUCAGCGACAGCGAGCUCUCAGCCCGAGUCUCAGAUCGCUGCCACCAGGACGAGGAGGACGACGCCGAGGACGGACGAGGCGGAACUAAGUGCUCCAAGCUGCUGUCGGAGGAAGGUGAGGCGGCUGCGGCUGGAGUUGCCCCGACGGCUGCCUCGACGGCGGCUCCCAAACCGCGCAAGAAGCGCUCGCGGGCAGCUUUUUCCCACGCCCAAGUCUUCGAGCUGGAGCGGCGCUUCAACCACCAGCGCUACCUGUCCGGGCCGGAGCGCGCAGACCUGGCCGCCUCCCUCAAGCUCACCGAGACGCAGGUGAAGAUCUGGUUCCAGAACCGGCGCUACAAGACCAAGCGGCGCCAGCUGGCCGCUGAUCUCCUGGCCUCGGCGCCGGCCGCCAAGAAAGUGGCCGUCAAGGUGCUAGUCCGCGACGACCAGAGGCAGUACCACCCUGGAGAGGUCCUGCGGCCGCCGCCGCUCCUCUCCCUCCAGCCCUCCUACUAUUACCCUUACUACUGCCUUCCCGGCUGGGCCCUCUCCGCCUGCGCAGCGGCCGCCGGGGGCACACAGUGACACAGUUGGGACUCCCUGCCUCGAGUUUGGCUUCAGAAGCGCGGUCGCGGACUAAGAGACGGAGUGGUGGGGUGGGUGGGCGCGGACAUGCAGUGGGGAGGGAAUGAGAAACCCAGAACCCAGACGCGACCCGCAGUAGCAGCAGCAGCACCUCGGAUCCUGUCUCUCAGUCCACACAAGGACUCUUCUGCUCCCCCGGCCUUCCCGAUCCGUUCUGGUUUUCCAGCGAACCUUAGUGGGGCCUCUUAGAGGGUGCUGAAUGCAAAGACGCCUCAGCUACAGGCCUCCUUCCCCUCCACUCUCCGGGCCCUUCCUUUUCCUCUAUUCCUCUUAAGCGCCAAGGCAGUCUAGACCAGGGGUGGGCAAUCUUGGCUCUCCACAUGUCCUUGAACUACAACGCCCAUCAUCCCCACCCACAGACGGCAGAAAGGUGAGAUUUUUCUUCACACCAGAACAAGUCCUCCCCCCCCUUUUGUUCCUUUUUUUGGGGGGGGGGUCCCUGACGGGGCACAAUCCUCUGGGAAUUUCAUCUGCACACGUCUCACUGAAGUUAAUGGGGCUGCUCUUGUAGCUCCCAUUCACUUCAAUGGGGCGUAGGCAGGAAUACUUUCCGGUGGAUCGUGCCCCUCUGUCUUCAUCGCAAUUUAUGGAAGGGGAUUUGGAAGAGUUACGGUUUUAGCACUUUCCGGUUGUAUUAAAAUUGUUGUUGUGAUAAUUAUUUUUAUAUUCAAUGUGAAUAUUUUAGGUGGGCCUAUGAAAAAACACACACCACAAAACAUUCCCGUGAUAAUUUCUAAUACCAUUCGGUGCCUUCUCUUGCCCCUUUUCUGACUCAGUUUCCCAGGAAACCUCUGUGCCAUUCUGUUUGGUGGGCAUCUGCACUCAGUUAUGACUAUUUACUUCCAUUGAAUUGUGAAUAUUUGUUUGUUAAGCCCUUCUCUUGUAUCCCUCCUUUUUUUAAUUUAUAAAGUUCAGUUUAACUCUU